AAUAAAAGGGAGCCCGGUUAACACCAAAGCUCCGGAAAAAAAAAAAACUCUUCUCUCGUUAUCGUUGUCGACGACAUCAGACUCUAAAGCCAAAUCAAAGUUAGUUAAAGAAGAGAGGAGAAGAGGAUGGUGGGAAGUGGAGCUCCACAGAGAGGAAGUGCAGCUGCAGCUGCAAGCAUGCGUAGGAGGAAGCCUAGUGGAAGUGGUGGAGGAGGAGCCUCUGGUGGUGGUGGUGCGGCGGGCUCCAUGCUUCAGUUCUACACCGAUGACGCACCUGGUCUCAAGAUCUCCCCUAAUGUUGUACUUGUGAUGAGCAUCGGUUUCAUUGCUUUCGUCGCUGUCCUUCAUGUCAUGGGCAAGCUCUAUUUUGUCAAGUAAUGAUGAGCAGAGAGGCUUGUAACACACACAGUGAUCAGAAUGUUAGAGAAUGGUUUUAAGUUUUAACUUAUGUUUUUAAUUUUUGUGGAAUAUAAACCAUCUUGAAAACUCUACUUUCUUGUCAUUUAAAGUUUCCAUGUUCUUCUUUCAA